AAAACCCUUACUCGUUGCUCUCCUAUCUAGUGCAAUUCGUUUUCGGUCUCUCUCAUCCUCAGAGAGAUGGAGUUCUGGGGUGUUGAAGUCAAGUCUGGAGAAGCUUUUAAGGUUAAUCCUGGUGAUGAUAAGAUUCUGCAUCUCUCCCAGGCAUCUCUUGGUGAAGUGAAAAAGGACAAAGGAAAUGAAUCUGUUCCUCUCUAUGUGAACGUUGGUGGUCAGAAGCUUGUUAUCGGAACGCUCUUUCCCGAGAAAUGCACUCAAAUAUCUUUUGAUUUGGUUUUUGAGAAGGAAUUUGAACUAUCUCACAAUUGGAAAAAUGGGAGUGUCUAUUUCAUUGGAUACACAUCUGUCUUUUCAGACGAAUAUCCUUUUCUGAUUUUGGAUCAGAUUCUGAAGAAGAGGAAAUUCCACUUCAAGCAACUGAGAAUGGAAAACCUGUGCAGAAGCAGGCAAAACCUGCAACAGAAAAUGCUAAUGCAGCAAAGCCUGAUUCUUCGGCAGCUAAGUCAAAGGUGAAGAUUGUUGAACCAGAAAAAGGUGACAAAUCCAAAGAAGAUGAGGAUGAUGAUAGUGAUGAUGAUGAUGAA